AAGUAAUUUAUGCCAUCAAGUGAAUGCCGGAAAAUAGAUUGAGUCUAUCAGGUCGAUAUAAUAUUUAUUUUAUUAAGAAAAAGACAUGCUAAAAAAUCUAUUGCGUAUCUAUCGUGAUGUGAUCGAGAUGCGAUUGUGAUGCGCUUGUUAGAAAGACACAAUGUUACGAUAUCUUUUCACAGUACUGUACAAAACAAUUCAUUAAUCCAGCUUUAAUUAAAUAAUAAAAAAAUUUUAGGAUGUAAAAUAUACCAUGAAAAUCAUAUAGCAUUCAAGACACUUUAAAAACUUUGUCUGUUAAUAUUACUGUUUAGUUAUAAAAAAUGAGUUGGGAAGACAUAGAGGUGACAUGCGGUUUUGGUGGAGGUGAAGAAACAACAAGAUUUGGUCCACGUCAAGAGACAGGUUCAAGCUUGUACCAAGUAGAUACAGUGGCAUGUGUCGCAAAUAAAAAACAGUGUGAAGGUACACCAUGGCUGCUGUCAAAUGCUUGUACACAAAGAAUGGGUUUAGUCAUUGAGGAAAGCUUACUUGUAUUUGAUGAAUCGUGUUCUGAACAUCAAUGUACCUUUUCAGCAGAAUCACGCAUCGAUGCUGUUGGUUGGAGCGAUGAUGGUAACUUUCUUGUCUAUGCAGAUCGUGCUGGUUGCAUAUCAUUGGCACACCUAGAUUCUCAACAAGUUCUUUUUUCCAAGCAUUUAGUCCCACAACACAAGUCUACAAAAAAUCCUUGGUUUAUAUCAGUCAAAUUUUUAGAGGAAAAAGAAGGUUUAAGUGAACUUCUAAUAAUUGGUACUGAUGGACAAGUGUUUCGGUUUACUGAUAUAGGUUUGACAGCAUUAAAACAAGCCAUUUCUGACAGGGAUGUGGAAAAAGCGACACAGAUUCAAGGUGCAAUAAAAAUGUCAACAUUCGAUGUUAAAGAUUGUCACAAUGUGGUUAUGUGUGCAUCAUUCUUCAUAGAUGGAGAUGAGAAAUCUGCCCUUGUAGCAGGGUGUGGCGAUUUUGGUAUGAGUGAAUGGAUGAUUCCUAAUGACAAUGACGCUUUCGUGACUGAUUUUUGUCAACAUUUGUCACCUGAUGUUGGUUUUCAAAAAAUAUUAGAAACACCAGAUGGUCAAUAUAUUGUCGCACUUGACACUUCUAACCAAAUAAGCUUAUGGUCAAGACAAAGUUUUAUUUUUCUGGAGUGCUGGUCGGAAGCUAAUGUUGAAAACUUUAUUUUAUUUUUAACAAGCUCAGUUGAGACUGAUUCUCAAUCAAAGAACAGUCAAUCACGAGAAGAGUUAAAAAUUGUGUUAUUGACGACCCCUACAGCUGACAAGAAACGUGAAUUAAUCGUAUUAUCUUUACCUGAUUUUGAGCAUGUCUAUACGCUUAAAGUGUCAGCUUGUGCUGUUCUUGCAAUGCUACCAAGUCAACAGGAGACCAUCAUGUUUGUUGAAGGAGUCGAGGAAGAAAAUUUAGAUGACAGCAUGGAAGGAUAUGAAAAUCGAGAUUUUAAUGUUGCAACAGUACGAAUUCGCUGUCUCAUGGAAGCUAUUCCACAAAAUAGAUUUUCCAGACUCCUUCACAAGAAAAAAUUUAACGAAGCUGAAGAAUUUGCAAAGGCCUUCAAUUUAGAUGUUCAAUUGGUUCAUAAAGUAAAAAGCCAUUAUAUACUCGACCAGCUUUCUCCAUGGGGAACAGAUCCGCAUGUUGAUACUGGUGUUUAUGAAGAACUAAUGUUAAAAUUGAAAAGCUGUUUGGAUAAAAUUGAAGAUAAAGAACAUCUUGUCAAUUGUUGUUUACAAGCGCAGUUACCAACACUAAAUGCUACAUAUGAUUUGUUAAAUUAUGCCAGAGAAAAGGUGAACUUUGAAUCAAGGGAGUUUACCAAAUCUUCAAGUCUUUUUCAAGAUCUUCUUGAUGGCAUAAAUCGUUUGGUAACCUUUGAAGUUGCAUUUGGCGUAAAUAAGUUCAGUGGUUCAGCUUGGGGAGAAUUUUUACAAUCAUCACUUAUUGAUGAAGUUAUCAAGUGUUUUAUUGAUGCAAACAUAACAUCUGGUAUUAUAAUAUGGAGAAGACAUUCGAGUGAGUUUAAAUUCACGUAUCCCAAACUGGAGCAAAUACUUCAUUCUAUCUCACCAAGUACACCAUCCUGCAAAAUCAUUCCUUGGUUACGAGAAGAUUUUGUCCCGUUUGUUUUGACUAUGCUUCCAGAAGGACAGUCUAUUUUGGCUGAUUGGCUCGAAAACACAGCAAGAGGUUUGGAAUCAACAGAAAAAGAAAAUUGGCCAGACAAUGCUUUAGAUCUUGCCGAGGUCAUGUAUACAGCUUUUUCCAAUGUCAGUCAAUCAACAGAAGAAAGAGGAGAAGCAACACCAAUGCAGUUUGCUACAAAGAUCUGCAAGUUAAGCAUACCAUACUUUGAUCAUGCAGGAGAUGCUAUGAAUGCUGAUAUGUCUGUUAUUGGUUUGUCUUCUUCCAUGAAAAAACUUGGUGAUUUAGUAAAAAGUUUGCGUGAAGUAAAGUCAUUGCAUCAUGAAUACAAUUGCAAGUUAUCAUUGGACCAGUUCUGCUCAGAAGAUACACGCACUAUUGCAUUCAGAUUGUUAAAUCGUAUUGCUGCAGCAGAGCUUAUACCUCAAACAAUCAAAAAAUAUGUAAAACCGUACGUUAUUGCGAAUAACAUGAAGUUGGAUCAACUAUUGUAUGAAUAUAUUGUGGAAUUUGUUGGUUUAAACAAUCAAGUUGCAAGUCUUUGGGAACCAAAAGUUAUAGCAAUCAUCAAUGAAAUUACAAAAAAAGAGCCUCGUUGUGAUGCUACAUUAAAGUUAAUGCUAAAAGCUAAAACACCAUGGAGCCGUGAAGUUGAAGACCUUGUGUCUAUUCAGAUGAAAGAUAACCCUGGCAAUGAAAAAUUACAGCGCCAGUAUCAGUUUGCAAGUCUACGAAAAAUGAUGGCUGGUUAUGGAAUUCGAGACACCAAUCUUGCAGACAUGUCUCGCAUUAAGGCUGUUAUAAAAUACAUGUUCAGUACAGACAAUCCUGAUUCCUUAAAGGAUGCUCUACAGAUCUGUAAACAUUUCCCUGCUGUUACUGCUGCAUAUGUGUAUUUUGUUCGCAUCAAAUUUUGGAUUUCUACAAACAAGAUCGAAGAGUCAUGCGAUCUUUUAAGAAGUAUACCAUUGGCUGAUGCCAUGAAAUUAUCGCAAUACGCAUUAAUGGGUGCGGAUAAUAUGUCGUGGAAACCACUGGAUGAAGAGGAUAUGGUUGAACAGAUGCAAAUGACAAAAGCAGUUGUAAUGAUCCUUACUACAGUUUCCAGAUUAGAUCAGAAUUUUAAAAACAAAUUUAGAAGUACAUUGAGCAACUUGAAAAGUAUCCAUAGUUUACAGGUUGAAUUUGGUUUAUUUCUGUCUUUGACGGAAUAUAAUAAUGAAGAAAAAAGACUACAACUGGUGAAAAGUUAUGUGAAAAAUCCCAAAGAAGUGUUAACUAAAGUUUUACCUUCUGUUUUGAAGAAAUCAAAAGACCGUAUUUCCUCUGUCUUAAGACUGAUCAGAUUUUCCGAGUUACUAGGUGUAAAGGGUGUUGAUUUGGAUAGCUUGUUGUUGGAUGUUUAUAAUGAAACUGGUGAAACGAAAAAACUUCAUCACAUCACAGACAAAGUAACAAAACUGGAUGAGAAUGAAUACAUGCACACCACGCACAAGCAUACAAAACUUCUUUCAAAAGUUAUUGAUUUACUUAUGAAUGGAAACGACACAACACACUGGGUUAAAACCGCUGACUCUGCACAUUCAUUUGUAUCACAUGCCCUCUCACACUGUACUGAAGAUUUAUUAAGUGAUUACCUGUUCAGAAAUAAGAUGCUUCGUAUCAUAUCUUUUAUUUCUUCACAAUGUGAAAGCACAGACUUUCAAGAUGAUCCAAAAAGAAUUGACGGCUUGAUACAUCAGUGGAUAGAGGAUCAAUACAUAGACGAUAGUUUAGUUUUGUCAUCACAAGAUGUGCUACCUCUUCUCCAAAGAUUGUUGAUGAUCAGUGUUUCAAAGCCAUUGGAAUCUGUUAUUAAAUAUGAAUCAAGUAGAUUGUCAGGAAGAGGUGUUUCAUGUUCUGUAUCAACUAAUGAUGAUGGAAACCACAGUGUUUCAGUUUCAACAUUGGAAUUUUCAAAAGUUGCUCAAGCACUUGUCAACUUGUUGCAAGAAAACAACCAACAGGAACUUGCUAUGCAAAUUAUCAUGCUGGGAAUCUCCAUGUGUGCACAACAUACUGCUAAUUUACAGAUGGGCAUUCCCAUAGAUGUGGAAGAAGACCAACAAAUUGAAGUUGAAGCUAAACUGAUGGAACACGAAUUUAAAAGUGCACAGUUAGUUUUAGGAAAAGGAGAAGGAGUGGUGAAAGAAUAUUGUUCUAAUCUGGUAAACUCGAUUUUAAGCCACAGAGUGGUGGAUCACCAUUUAGCACUGUGCUAUUUGGAUGUUUUUCCAAGCAAACAAGGAAAUCAAUUACUGUAUCAACUUAAAAACAAAUUUAGCAACAAGUUUACACGGAUACAGCUUAUUGCCAAAGUGGGAGUGGAUUUUGCGUCUCUUCGUAGUGACACUAACUUCAGAAAUACAUGUCAAGCACUGAAAGAUUGUGCAUUCUGGGGAAGAAAGCUUCAGUUGCUAAGGAUUCCUCCACCUUGGAACAUAUACAGUGUGAACUCUGAUACUGUUGAAAGAAGACGUAUCUUGGAAAUACUUGUUCAACAUAAAGACAUUGAUAUCCAAUCUAUCAUGAUGUAUUGCAAAUCGUUUUCUUGUGAUGAAGAGGAAGCAAUCUUGAUGUAUAUUGAAUGUCAAUUACUUCCAUCAGAGCACUUCUCGCUCAGCACCAAAACAGCUUAUCAAGAGAAGAUUGAUGAAUGCAUUUCAAUGUAUAUGAGCAGGAUGCAGACACAUGCCAACCUAGAAAAGCUAUUGAAUAGUUCUGUUAACAAGAUCAGUCCGUAUGAUUACGAAAGACUUACGUAUGUGUUCAAGAAAAUUGCUGAUAUAUCUGACCAUGAUGAUAGCAAAGCUUGUUCUGAAGAGAAUGUUCGCCUAUUGGAGAUGUUGUCUUUGUAUAAACGAACUGCAACAGAGAUAGAUUACAAUGUUGAAUGUAGUUUAAUGGGAAAUGAUCUUGAUGAAGAACAGCUUCUUCAUGGUAAAUCAUCUGUCAUUCCUGAAAUUGUAAGACAAAGGCUACCUUUCCACCCGCUCGCAAAGAAGGGUGUGUCCUGGCAAGUCCUGAAUCCCGAAUUAACUUCUGAAAAGAACGUUGUUUUGUUAAAACCUAUUGUGAACAAGCUAAAGUUCGAUACAGAUCAAAUGUGCGCAAAAGCUGUUCAAAACAUAACCCAUAGAGAACUGGCAAAUGCAAAUAAACAGGGUAGUAUUGUAACGUUUGAGUUUAGCCUGGUAAAGAACAUCCUUGACAUGAUAAAGAAUCACAUGAUGAUGAUGGCGGCUGCAAAAUGGUUGGCAAGAUAUCUACCUAGAGGAGCUGAGAAAGCGAAAGUGUUAAAGUCUAUCGUCGAUCGAGCUGAAGUGUUGGUCUCGUGUACCAGUGGCAAUGCGAAAGAAGAAGCGAUAAAUACUUACAAGCGAUUCAAUGACGUGUAUAAACGAGUUUCAAUUGAAGCUGCAUUGAUUGAGCAUGGAAUAAACGAUGAAAAGUUUUUUGCAAUGUGUAACGAGCCUUCGAAACUGAUCACUGAGUUGUACGAACAAUAUGGUGACAAGGUAAAAUUUGAAACUGGAAAGUUCACUGGAGCUCCAGAGGUGCAUUUAAUCUCGAAAACAAUCGCGUCUAUUAGCAACGAUAUCGAUUUGGAGCGUGUGCAUGUUUAUCUGAUGAAUAAAUGGCUUCCUUAUAUUCGCGUAUCUUCUGCUAACGACGAUAGUGAUGAUGUUGAUAUGGUUUCCUCUGUAUCUUCUAAAAAAACUGUGAAAAAAGAAAAUGAAAGAAAUCUUCGAAGAGUCAUGUACGUAUUAGCCAGUUCAUUUAAUCACAAAACAAUCCGAUCUCUUCUUCAUGCAGUGUAUCAAGAUGCUGAAGGUCAGUCGAUGAGCAAUGUGUGUAGAAUCCGAGCACUUCAAGUGCUCUUCACGUUAAUUGACACUCAGAGCAUUGAAAAUGAAUCUAAGCUCACAAUAGCUAGUAUUCAUGAAAAGCUGUUGAGUUGCAUCUAUCUUUCUGAGUUGGAAGCGCUUCACAUUUCUCAUUCUGAGGAAGCGUUUCAAAAGUGUAAUAAGGAAGGGUUGGUGAAAGGUUUGUGGAGAAAUCACAGCCAUGAACCUCAGGGAGUUCGUCUCAUCGCUGAUAUCUGUUUGGAUUACAAGAUAUUUGAUCCGAAAUUAUGGAAUAGUCUCCUUUUAAAACUAUUAUCUUUCGGCAUGAUCUCUUACGUGACUCAUGUUUUGGUGUUGUUAUCCGGUAUACCGCAGUUGAGAGAGAUUCCUUCAUUAACAAAGAUGUGGAGAGCUGUAGUAACAGCACCUUUCACUUCAGUUUCGUGUCCUCUUUCCGCUGAAGAGGAAGAAGCGUGUUUGAAAGCGGCACAGUUGUUAUCCAGAUGUCCAGUUAUUUUAGACAUUGGUCUUCCAGAGAUUGCAUCGUUAAUGAAAAAAGCUGGCUUGUAUAUUCAAUGUUUGAUUUGCAUGAAACUUAUUCCAGAUCGGACCGUGCGCAAGAACAGUAUUCAGGCAUUGUUUGAUGACAUUGGAAUUGACGCCAUUUUGGCAAAAGUGAAAAAAUCACGUGAUCAAGGCAUGGUAGAUAUUCAUCUACAACAGAUUGAAGAAGAAGUGUUUGAUUACGUCAACGAGCAUAAUUUGUUUGUUAGCUUGUAUGGUACGGCUUACUUUGACAGUUUAGUUGGCUACUUGGUUCGAUCACACAAAUUAAACAACUUGUUGUCAAAAACCAUCGUUGCUGGAAGGCUGAAUAAUGCAUUGGAUCUGGUGCAGCUGUAUAUAUCUGUUCAUCCUAAGAGCGCUACAGCGCAGACCGUGCUCGGUGGUAACAUGGAAAAACGACAUGCCCUGCUGGUUUAUUUACAAAACGAAGGCUUGCUGUCAGAGACGAAGCAAUACUUAGCUUCAUUGUUAAAUCCAGACACGUCGUCUUCCAAUGACACGAAUGUGUCGCCGAUUGAAUUCAAUUCAUCCAAUGAAAUGUUUCGAUAUUUGAAUGGAAAUUAACUGUAUUAUAAAUAAUUAUUUUUCGCGAAAACACGUUUAUUUGUUAUUA